AUGCAGAAUCAGUCUCCUCCUUCCUCUCCUCACCCUCGCCAACCGAAUGCGCAUGUGCCAGAUUAUCACGAACAGGCCAUUGGCAUCCUAUCACUACCCGAGACAAAGCAACUCAUCAACCGUGUCAUCAAUGCAUCCGCAUCAGAUUUCAAGGGCAAAAGACGCCCGAGCGCAACUGCCUACACCAUAUUCCGUAGGAAUACUUACACCGGAUGCAAGGCAGCCUGGGCGACGAUGACGUGGGAAGAGAAGAAACCAUGGUAUAUGGCGUCGGACAUCAUUCGUGCUUAUUGCAAGCUCGGUCGUCGGGAGAAGCGUCGAAAACACUCUGAGGAAACGCGAGAAACAGACGAUGAGAUUCUGGGGAUUUCGUCAAAUGAAGCUGCCCAUACACUAAGUUAUUCGACGCACGAAAUAGGCUUUGACCCCUCCACGACCGCUCCUCUGGCUAUCGAUCCAGUUGCUACGCGCCGUGCUUCGCCGCCACACGCCAUCCCACGUCGCAGAGACAGCUUCGAUGCAUUGGUGUUGUCUCCAUCUCUUCAAGCACUUAUUGACGACUCCGUAGCUCCCUUGGUCGAGCCAUUUGGCAGUCCACCGCCCUUGAAUUACUCAGGCUCCUCAUUACUUCUGUCAAGCACAACCUGGCCGACCUCCCUUCAUACUUGGACAGGUCCUCUGCCGCCGCUCUGGAAUCAUGCCUCGCCCGAGUCCCCGCCGUUAGAUCAACAACUGGCUGCUGGGCGAUACGAGCCCAGUGGUAUCCCAAAUACGCUCAAUGAGAUUUCUGACGUGAACAUGGGGUCGACGGAUAACAGACAAGUCCGGAGCUCUAUACGGGCCUCUAGAGAAAAUAUGGCCUUCGCGGAAAAUUACGCCCAGCUACUCUUGGCGCAAAACACUCACACAAAUACUGCUUUCUCCGCCUCCGAUCCGCUGGACCUGUCGCUUUCCCAAGAUACCCUUUUUGAGCAGUUUGUGGAUUGGGGUGCAAUGGGAGCUGAUUUGGGGAUGUAA